ACCCAAGUUCUUGUUCUCCGAUCAAAAUCUUCAUCUCAGUAAUUCCUCCCCCAGAACUCUGUUUCGUGUCGAAUCUUGGCUGAUUAAUUCAGUGAUGUAUUCAUCAAAGUCAAAUGAGUAUCAGAAGUUCUCAUCUUCACCUCCGCCACCGACGGCACCCCCGGCUGCACAGUUCAGUCAGAACACAGCCACCACCGGAAUCCCGGUGAGCUCAACGAAUCAAUACUACAGUCAGAAUCCCCCACCUGCUGCCUUUACAAGACAAGCUCAAGCUCUACAACCUUGGUCCACCGGCCUCUGCGACUGUGGUUCCGAUGUCCGCAAUUGUUGCAUCACAUGUUGGUGCCCAUGCAUUACUUUCGGUCAGAUCGCCGAGAUCGUCGACAAAGGAUCCUCCGCCUGCGGAUCCAACGGAGCGCUUUACACUCUUAUCGCCUGUGUGACUGGUUGUCCCUUCUUCUACUCGUGCUUCUACCGCUCCAAGCUGAGGCAGCAAUACCUGCUGAAGGAGAGCCCCUGUGGCGAUUGCCUUGUUCAUUGCUUCUGCGAGUCCUGCGCCUUAUGUCAAGAGUACAGAGAGCUCAAAAACCGUGGAUUUGAAAUGUCUUUAGGAUGGCAUGGUAACAUGGAGAGACAAAGCCGGGGAGUGGCGAUGGCUCCGGUCGUUCAAGACGGCAUGUCACGUUAAGCGUCGAAUUGUGAAUUUAUGAUCGUUUAUAUAGCAGUAAGAUCAUACUGACAUGUUCUGUGUGUGUGAGAGAGAGAGAGAAGGUCUCUGUUGUAUUAUUCUUACUGUUACAGACUGAAAUUUAUUAAACUUUGAGAGGAGACCGGUUCAGCUAUCUAUCUCUAUGACUCUCUCAGAAACCAGAGUGGUUGGAUCUCAAGUCUUAUCUGUCUAUAAAUAUCAAACGAGAUAUUUUGUCAUGCUA